AUGGGUCGCGUCGUUAUGCUCGCCGUUGCUGCGGUCGUCGUCGUCGUCGUUUCGCUCUGCUCGUCGCAUCCUGUCGCUGCAUCUUCCCCUGAUGGGGGUCCCAUCACGGGAGGCGGAGGUGGGCGGCCCGUCGUGGGAGGCGGAGACGGAGGUCCCAUCACGGGAGGCUGGUCCGUCGUGAAGCAUGCAUCUAGGGAUAAGCACGUGCUGAAGCUCGCCAGGUUCGCCGUCAAGCAACACAACAGUAACAAGAACGCGGACCUCCAGCUUGUGUCAGUCACAGCUGCAUGGUCCCAGGUGGUGUCAGGCCGCAAGUGGAGAAUCGUCCUGCGUGUCACGAGCCGCUCGGCGCUGGAGAAUCGCAGCGCUGGGCGUCGCGCCAACCUGCGAGCGCCUACUGGUACCAAAUACGAGGCGGAGAUUUACGAGAGGCCAUCGGAAGGCCGUAUCCAGCUGCUCUCUUUCAAGAAGGUGACUUCCUCUGCACAGAGCAGCAACCCAGCGGUGCAGAGCAACCCAGCAGUGCAGAGCAACCCAGCAGUGCAGAGCAACCCAGCAGUGCAGAGCAACCCAGCAGUGCAGAGCGACCCAGCAGUGCAGAGCAACCCGGCGGUGCAGAAUGCUCAGCAGUGGAAGAGGCGUUAA